GGCAGCUUCUCAGCACCACACCAAAAUGCCCCCGACAAGCAGAGCGUUUGCUCAAUCAUCUGGUGCCACGUCUGCCUAUGCUCGACAUUUACAAGCUGCUUCGGCCUACGUUUCUUACUACGGUGGAACCAUUCCCACACCAGCGAAAUACAGAAACGAACGCGACAUCUUAGAGGACCAUCACCAGUUCAUCCGGACCGAUGAAGAAGCGGAUACGGAAGAAAAGAGGAUUGCGAAAAGCUAUUAUGAUAAGUUAUUCAAGGAGUUUGCGAUGGUAGAACUGGCGAGAUGGCGAGAAAAACAGAUUGCCAUGAGGUGGCGAACCAAGCAGGAAGUGCUCGAUGGAAAGGGUCAGUUCUCCUGCGCAAAUUUAUCCUGUCGGAACCACCGUAGCACACUGGAUGAGAAUCCCGAUGAAGAGGGUGGCCUACGAAGCGUUGAACUUAAUUUUGAAUAUGCUGAACGCGGGGAGAAGAAGCAUGCUCUUGUCACUGCGAGGGUUUGUGAAGAGUGCGCAGACAAGUUACGCUAUGUGCAGCGAGGUGAUAAAUCGAAGAGGAAGAGAAGUAGGGGAUCGAGAUCACCCUCACGAGGAAGACAUCACAGGGGAAGAAGCGAAGGUGGUGAGGAGAGCCGGCGACGGUCAGAAUCACCACGGGGGAGAAGGAGGAGGUUAGAUCCUCCAACGAGAAGGGAUGAUAGUAGACGACGGCGUAGGCGGCAUCAUGAAAGGGAUUAAGCCUAGGCGAGUGCAUGUUUUUACAAUACAAUAUGGGAAUUGCUUUAAAUGCUGGCCAAGAGCUCAGCAAGAUCCUUUCUUCAAAA